AUGGCCCUCCUCGAUGGGGUGCCUUCUUCACCCCCUGGCGCAGGCUCGUCCACCGAAGACGCACUAAAGUACUACAAAGCACAAUAUGAACUGUUGGAAUCCGAACUCGCAGACUUCCAAGCCUCUAGUAAGGAACUUGAGGCGGAGUUAGAAAGAGAUGUCGAAGCGACCGAAAAGCGCGAACGGCAGUGGAAGGACAAAGCUUCCAACCUGCAAUAUGAGAUUGAGGAGUGGAAGACGAAAUACAAACAGUCGAAGCUGGAAGCCUCGAACGCGCAGAAUGCGCUGCAAAAGGAAAUCACCCAGCUUCGAGAGACGAACCGAGAGCUGAAUCUGCGACUCCGGGAUACCGAGGUCGCCAAUGACGACUACGAGCGAAAGCAACGGAAUACCGAGUCUUCGCUGGAGGACAUGGAACAGAAAUACAACCAGACAAUUGAGCGCAGCGUCAUGCUUGAGGAAGAAAUGCGUGCUGCGGAGCAGGAAAGAGAGGCACUCAGGAUCGAAGCGCAAAGGCUGCGCGAUGAAUUGUCCGAUCUAAGGAUAGAGGCCGACAUCACCAAAGAGAAGUUGCAGAAAGCCACCGAGCAACUGGUACCACGAGAAAAGCACUUGACCAUCCAACCAAUAUCGCUAUCGGCGUCUCCACGUUCCGAAUUGUCUCCCACGACCACGACUGCCUCUUCACCGACCUUCGACACACCGCCAGCGAAGUUAUCCUUGUCAGACACGCCCACACCACCCUCGCCACCAUUUUCUGACAAGUCGACGAAGGUAUCCAAACCUUUUGCAGCACCAGGACUUCCCAAACCCAGGCAAUCACUCACGGCCGGCGGAAUUGCUUCACGACCUUCCACCGCGGGCUCCACUGCCUCCAGACCCGCUGGUCAUGCUCGAGGUCCAUCGAUUCCAGCCUUAGGCCGAACUGGACCCUCGGCUUCAUAUCGACAGAGCCUGACGAGACCCCCGAGCUCUCAGCAACGACCUUCAGGUUUACCUCAAUCAGCGUCAAUCAUUCACCUCAAAAACAUGCAAGGAAAGCUCGCAGCGCUCACCGAACGAGCCCACGCGGCCAAGUCUAAGCUACCGGCCCCCGUUCGCACCCCACCCAGGACUUCACCCAGAAGUGGUUCCGCGCUUGGCAAUCACAUACCAGCCUCUGUCACUGUGCGCUCCCGAAAGAGGACAAACGGCAGUACCAUUAGCGGCAAUGAUUCUAUCCUUGACAGAAUGCAAGAAACACCAUCGGCGCCCAGGACAAGGACGAGUCGACCGUCACUCAACCUAGCACCUACAUCCCCAACACGCGCCGAGACUUCCGUGCCGAGACCCAGGACAAGUCGGCCAUCGCUCAGUCAACUGCCACCGUCGCCGAGAAGAGGCGAGAUGGCCGCACCUCCACCCCGCCCAGCAUCACGAACAAGCGGUUUCCCCUCAUCUCGCUCGUCAUUUGCACCCAGCCACUCUCGCCCAGGAAGCCGGGCCAGCGUCUCUGGCUUCCCACGAGCCCCUCUGGGAAGCGGCAUUGGUGCUGGCUUCGCACCCAACGCGUCUACGGAUCGAGUCCGACCACAAAGCAGUCUCAGCAGCUAUGGCGGCUUGGACGGUGCCAUGGACGAAGAAGAUGAACCCAACGAGGUUGACGCUGGCAUCACGCCCCUGCGGAGACGGUCGACCUUUGCUAGGGGACGCACCAGCGACGUUGGUAGUGCGAUCCCGAGUCCCAGCAAACGGUCAAGUUUUGGUGGGGCGAGUAAGAUGCUGAAACGGCAGAGCAUUGGCUUGAAUGGGGUGGGGAAUGCACAGGACUCCGGUAUAGGCUUGACCAAUGUUCAGGAGAAUUAUGACGUGAAUGAGACAUUUUGA